AUGGCUACAGACUACAACAAGAAGACCGUUGCUGAACUGCAGGAGAUCCUCAAAUCUCGAUCUCUUUCUUACAAUGGCAAGAAGGCGGAGCUGGUCGCUCGCCUAAACAAAGACGACGAGGACAAGGCCAAGGCCGAACCUACUGCCCCCGCCGCCGCUGCUACUACCACCGAUUCUGGAAAGGCAGACACCGCAGACGAUGUCAUUGACUGGGAUGAUGAUGCUGCUGUUGAGGAACCUACUGCGGGAAAAAUAUCGUCGGAAGCUGGCGCGGCUACUCUUGCGGCGGGAGGCAAGGGCGCGGUCAACAACCCGGUAUCUGUUCCCAACCAGGAGCUAGGUGAAAAUCCCGCCACCAACGACGACCUCAAGGUUGAAUCGGUUGGCGCGGUGCCAUCUGAGAAGCCUGAGAGUGCGGAAGUAGAAACGGCCAAGGCUGAAGAGAAGCCUGCAGUUGAUUACACCAAGGGACUGCCUAUUUCCGAAAUGGAGGAGGAAUUGAAGAAGCGCAAGGCUCGUGCGGAGAAAUUCGGCAUCGUUGAGGACUCGCAAACUGCACUUUCGGAAGCCGAGAAACAACUGCAGAGAGCUAAGCGGUUUGGGACUGGAGCUACUGAGGGUGCCGCUGCUAUUGGUGUCAAGGGAUUAGAUGAAGCUCUCCCUGAAGGACGCCUUCGGAAACGGAACCGCAAUGACAACGACCAGGGAGGGCGAGGAGGAAAGAGACGUGACUUUGGACGGAACAGGAACAGGCGUCGGGGGAACAAUCGUAACGGAAAUGGAAACCGAAACGAUCAGAACGUUGGGAAAUCCAGUGGGCAGCCAGCCUGGAGCGAGAAAGAUUCUCUUGCCAUGGAGGCUAGGAAGAAGAGAUUUGCGACUGCCGCGUGA